CCUUUCCCUUUCCAUUCCCCCUCCCCCCACGAUCACACCAACAUCGUGUUGACGGAUAGUAUCCUCCUCCGCCAGCGUCUCCCCUGGGGGCUCGGGCUAUAAAUCCCGACGGCCCCAAUCCUCCCGAUCCAGAUGCGCAAACACCGAAUCGCCGGACUCGUGGCUGCCCUGCUCGCCCUCGCCCUCGCCCUCGCCCUCUCCUCCUCCCGCAGCGCGCAAGAGGAAGCCAUGGCGGACCGCGGGCCACUGGUGGGCGGCGUCACGGACGUGCCGCAGAACGACAACGACAUCCACCUCCAGGAGCUCGCCCGCUUUGCCGUCGACGAGCACAACAAGAAGGCCAAUGCUCUCCUGGGGUUCGAGAAGCUUGUGAAGGCGAAGACGCAAGUGGUUGCGGGCACCAUGUACUAUCUCACUGUUGAGGCAAAGGAUGGGGAAACCAAGAAGCUCUAUGAAGCUAAGGUCUGGGAGAAGCCAUGGGAGAACUUCAAGGAGCUGCAGGAAUUCAAGCCUGUUGAAGAGAGUGCUAGCACUUAAGGAUCUCUCAUCUUCCACGUGCAAUUGCUGCCUGAAGCGCUAAACAGACUUGCAGAAUAAGGAGCUGGUUCGGAUAUAAAUAUAAUAGCUGUGUCGUUGCGUGCUCCGUUGUGUAGUAUCAUAAGAUCACCUUGCCCUUUGUGUAAUAUCAUGAAUAACAGUGCCCUUUGUGUAUAACAUGAUAAAUAACAGUGCUGAGUAUCCACCAGUACGACUCGUGACGGAAUUCUCAUAUCUCAGUCUUCAACUAGGAGCACGUUGAUUGCUCAA